AUACCAAAACUCCGCCUCUUUCGUCCCGAAGCUUGCGGGAAAAGUAGUUUCGUGGCUGGAUGUGCAGCAAGAUGAUGUGAUUCUGGAUUUAGGUUGCGGUGGUAAUUCCACCCUAACUUGUGGGAAUUGGUGGGGAUUAAUGGGUGAGCAGAUGGGGUCCUUAAUGUGCAAUUCGCACAGACUCUCGAGAAAGGGGAGGGGAGGAUCCACGGUGUUGAUGCCAGUGAGGCGAUGGUUGCUGCCGCGAAGAAGGCUGCUGCUUCUGAUAGUGCUGCGGAAAAGGUUUGUUCUUUUGAAAUUCUAGAUGCAACGACAUUAUCGCCCGAACUCCAGGACGGGAGUUUUGAUAAGUGUUUUUCGAACGCGGCUAUGCAUUGGAUCUUGAGGCCCGAGGAGAAACGUGAACAGUUCUUUCGGGGCGUGAGAAAUGCGUUGAAGCCUGGUGGGGUAUUUGCUUUUGAGAUGGGGGGCAUGGGGAAUGUUGCUGAGGUGAGAACAUCGAUCCUCAGUGUGAUUGGAAGACGGGUAGGAUUCGAGAAAGCGAGGGAGGCAGACCCUUGGUUCUUCCCGGAUGAGGUAUGGAUGACGAAGAUGAUGGAAGAGACCGUGGGAGGCUUUAAGAUUGAGAAAAUUGAGAGGGAAUACCGACCUACGAAAGCCGAUGCCGGGGGUGUUGAGGGGUGGCUGAGGUUGAUGGGCAAGCAGUUCCUCAGUGCUAUCGAGGAUGAGAGAGAGAGGGAAGAGUGUGUGAAGGAGGUUUGUGCGAUUUUGAAGACGGUUUGUGCCAGUCCGGGAGGUGGUGAUUGGUUUGGGUAUGUGAGGUUGAGGGCCUUAGUCCAUAAAAUUUGAGGUGUGAUGGAGGCCAAUAAGGUCCGUACUUGAAAGAAGGGUGACCCUGCCUGUUUGAGUUGUGGCAUGUAUGCUGG